AUGCUGAAGAAGGUCGUGGAUGCCAUCAAAGACCUUGUCCAAGACUGUAACUUCGACUGCAAUGACUCCGGCAUCGCGCUGCAGGCCAUGGACAACUCGCACGUCGCCCUCGUCUCCAUGAUGCUCAAAGCAGAGAUGUUCUCUCCCUACCGAUGCGACCGCAACAUAGCCCUCGGCAUCAACCUCAACUCCCUGACCAAAGUCAUCCGUGCCGCCCAGAACGAAGACAUCCUCACCAUCAAGGCCGAAGACUCUCCCGACGUGGUGAAUCUCGUCUUUGAGAGUAGCGACACGGAUCGUAUUAGCGAAUACGAUAUCAAGUUGAUGGACAUUGACCAAGAGCAUCUGGGAAUCCCCGACACUGAAUAUUCAGCUACGAUCGAGAUGCCGAGUGCCGAAUUCCAGCGCAUUUGCCGCGAUUUGAUCGCCAUGUCGGAGUCAGUGUCGAUCGAAGCAAGCAAGGACGGCGUCCGUUUUUCGUGUCAAGGUGACAUUGGCAGCGGCAGCGUCACCAUUCGACAGAACUCAUCCGUGGACAAACCAGAUCAAGAAGUAAAGAUCGCCCUUAGCGAACCCGUCUCUCUGACCUUUUCACUCAAAUACCUCGUCAAUUUCUGCAAAGCAAGCAGUCUUUCUACAAAGGUCAAACUCUGCCUCUCCCAGGAAGUGCCUCUUUUGGUGGAAUACAACCUGUCGGGAAGCAGCUAUCUGCGGUUCUAUCUAGCCCCCAAGAUUGGUGAUGAUGAGUGA